AUGGUGAUUGAAGCACUGAAGGCCCAAAAUGAAAAAAAGGGCACCUCUGUCAUAGCCAUCAAGCGCUACAUCCUUGCCAAGUACCCAGCUGUGGACCCUAUCAGGCUAAAAUACCUGCUGAAGAAGGCCCUGGCUAAAGGUCUUGACCACGGCUACCUGAUUAGACCCCAAAACUCCGUAGCAUUAGGAGCAACUGGAAGGUUCAAGCUAGCAUCAGAAAAGCCCAAGCUUAAAAAAACCUCUGGGAAGAUGGAUCCAGCUGGAGGAAAGGUUCCUAAAUUGGAGAAGGUGGUGAAGAGGAAACCCAAAGCUAAGAUGGAUGCUGAUAAAAAAGCCAUAAGUAAAGAUGCUAAGGAGCAGAAACCAAAACCUGCAAGCAAGAUCCCCAAGGCAAAAUCCACUACUAGCCAGCCAAAAGCUCCUGCUAAGUCAAAGGGACACAGUUCUGCUCGGAACAUUGUGAAAGCUGACAAGAUACCAAGUACAAAAGAGGCCCCUCGAGCCAAGGCAGUGGGGACCAAGAAAGCCACCUCCAAAGAGAAGCCAGCCACAGAUGUAGAUGGUGCCUCCAAAGCAAAGCAGGGAGACAAGAUCAGCACUUCCAAAGCCAAGGGGACUGCUACUGGGGCAAAGGGACCUGCAAGGGCAAAGGUGGCUAAAAAUGAAAAUAAGUCGGCCAAAGCAAAGGUAGUUGGCGGGACAAAGAAAACUGUUGCCAAAGGAAAGUCUGAGGCAAAGAGCCCAGUGAAAGGCAGGGGGAAGAAGCCAGAGGCAGCCACAGGCUCUCUGAUCAGCAAAGCAAAUGAUGCAGAAGGCAAAGUCUCGAAAGCUGGAAGCAAGCUUAGCAAGAAAGCAAACUAGGGCUUCCCUGUGCUGAACAGACAACUGCUUUGGCCGGGGGAUGGGGCACACGUUUGCAGAAUGGCUGUCUCCCG